GGGGACAGAGGUACGCCACAAAAUCUGAGCGAAAAAUGAGCGAAACAGUUUUCACAGGCUGCGCGCGCUCCCGCGGCCGCACAAUCAACCCGUGGCAGACAGUCACUUUACUCAGAAACGGAUAUGAUAAACCAGCUCUGAAUGCACCGGAGCAGCAACAACAGUCAGCCCUGACCAUGGCGGAAGAGGACGACGCUAGGAUUCGCAUUGUUCAGAGUCUGCGGGGCAAAAUAUGUGAAGCUAAGAACCUGGGUCCAGUCUCGGGCCCAAAUCGACAAAGGGAUCUCUGCACAUUUUGCACCAUAAACCUGGAUCAAGAAGAAGUGUUCCGCACCAAGAUUUUUGACAAAAGUGUCAGCCCGUUCUAUGGAGAGGACUUCUACUUUGAGAUCCCGCGCCCAUUUCAGUUUCUGUCCUUCUAUGUUUUUACCAAGGGCGUUUUCCAAAGGGACCAACCUGUUGGCAAGGUGUCAAUCAGGAAGGAUGAUCUAUGUAAAUACAGUGGAAAGGAACAUUGGUUUAGUCUUCAGCCUGUGGAUCCUAACUCGGAAGUUCAGGGUAAGGUUCACCUGGAGAUGCGUCUGAAUGAAGUUAUCACAGAGAACGGUUCAACAGGGCAACACAUACUGGUCCGAAUUAUCGAGUGCAAAGAGCUGCCUUUGAUCAGUGGCCAGAACUGCGACUCCUAUGCCACCGUGACACUCGCUGGACCAACCAGGUCAGACCAAAAGAAAACAAAGGUUAAGAAGAAAACCAGCAACCCUCAGUUCGACGAAACCUUCUUCUUUGAGAUCACACGGUUCAGCAGCUACACUAAAAAGUCUAAUUUCCAAGUGGAGGAGGAAGACAUUGAAAAGCUUGAGAUCAAAGUGGACCUGUGGAACAACGAGAAUCUGGCUCAGGACGUGUUUUUGGGCGAAACGCGAGUCCCUGCCAAGAUCUUGCGAAAUGAUCACAUCCACAAAGCCUGGUAUCUCCUCCAGCCCAAAGGGAACAGUAGCAAGUCCAAGUCUGACGAUGUGGGAUCCUUACGUCUGAAGCUGACCUACAUUGAAGACACGGUGCUGCCUUCUGCCUGCUACACGCCACUCCGCAACUUGCUGCUCAAGUCCCCAGAUGUGAAGCCCAUCUCGGCGUCAGCGGCGCACAUCUUUGGGGACAUCUGCAGAGAGCGGUACGAGGCCAUGCUGCCCAUGGUGCGACUGCUGCUCUACCACAAUCGUUUCGUGCCUUUUGUCUCGGCGGUGGCGUCGCUGGAGCUGGACAACACUCAGGAGGCUAACACUAUAUUCCGCGGCAACUCGCUGGCAACGCGCUGCAUUGAUGACAUGAUGAAGAUUGUGGGCAAGAGUUACCUUGCUGUUACCCUGAAGCCUGUAAUAGAUGAGAUUUGUGAGUCCAACAAGUCAUGUGAGAUAGAUCCCAUUAAACUAAAAGAAGGCGACAACGUGGAGGUCAACAAGGAAAACCUUCAGGUUUAUGUCCAGAAGGUCUUCUCCUCCAUCACCCAGUCCAGUUCUAGCUGCCCCCCACUCAUGUGUGACGUCUUCAGGUCACUGAGGCAUUUGGCCUGCAAGCGCUUCCCAGGUGACCCACAUGUUCAGUACUCAGCUGUUAGCAGCUUUGUGUUCCUGCGGUUUUUUGCCGUGGCCGUUUUGUCUCCACACUCAUUCCAGCUCCGUUCACAUCACCCCGAUCCUGAUAUUUCCCGCACGCUAACUCUCAUUUCAAAAACCAUCCAGACUCUGGGCAGCUGGGGUAGUUUGUCAAAAAAACUGUCCAGUUUCAAAGAAACAUACAUGUAUGACUUCUUCAAAUCAUUCCAGGAAGAAAAGUGCAUUGAAAAAGUGAAAAAGUUUCUUGAUGAAAUAUCCUCCAACGUCAGCAAAGAAUCCAGCGGGUUGGAGGACGCUGUGGUUCUUAAAGAAGGGGAAGUACAGAAACGGGCUCAGCGGGGAAAACAUCUUGUGAAGAGAAACUUUCAAAAGAGAUGGCUGAGAGUGACCAACAGGGAGCUCUCCUACCACAAACAUAAAGGUGAGACCCGCAGCAUCCUCUCACAUAAAGGGAAAGAAGCCGUAUGCACCAUCAGUGUCAAAAACAUCAUGGCGGUGGAGAAAGUAGAUGAAAGUGCCUUUAACCGCAAAAAUAUGUUUCAGGUGGUGCACUCGGAGAAGCCCCUUUAUGUCCAGGCAGGAAACUGUGUGGAGGCCAGUGAGUGGCUGGAGGUCCUGGGCCAGGUCAGUCGCUGCAAUGAGGGACGCCUGGCCACUUUCCAUCCAUCCAAUUACACCAGUGGAGCCUGGCAGUGCUGCAAAGGCCAGAGCAGCUGCGCUCCGGGCUGCAAACCCUGCACAACCACCAUGCUGGCAAACCUGCAGCUGGACAUAGACUGCGACCGGGAAACAGAGAGGAUCUUUUCCCUCCUCUCCUCGAACGACACCAAGCUCCACAACAUGGAAGAUGCCUGUGCCAGCCUGGCGGUGUACCAGGGCCCGCAGUGGGAGCAGGAGGACUACUCCAAGUUCACCAUUCAGGAACCCAAAGAGACCUUUCAGACCCUCAAACAGCUCCGAAACAUCAUGGAGGAGCUGCAGGUGCAGCACAACAUCAGGAACGACACCACAGCACAGUACGGCAGCCUUGACAACCCCAUCGUCGGGGAAACCUCUUAGCCUGGGCCGGCAGAGCCGGGCGGUCCGGCCCAGCGCUGCAGGGGUGUGACCAGGGGAACGAAACACACCAUGACCUCCAGACAGCUUUAGUUCUCUACGAAUGAACCCCUUGAUUUGUUUCUCAAGCCAAUCCCAGACUGCAUGUCCCUCAUAAAGAGUCUCUGUGUAUUAAUUUAUGUCCUCCUCCUCCUCCUCCUCCAUCGACAGCUGUGUGACCGAGGCAUCACUAGAUGGUGUGUGAAUAGGCUGCUAUUUUCUUUUAUUCACUCAGUCUUAUAUCAAACAGCUGUGAUGACCCCUUCCCUGUCUUUUGAACCUUUCGCUCAGACGUGUGUCCCCAGAGUUGAUUAUUAAUCACCUCUCGCGAGGAUCAUCCUCUAUCUGUGCGCCCCCAAACCUUUUCUCAGCUCCUCUGAAGAAAUGAGAGCGUGCAGAUAAAGAUGUAUAUGUGUACAUUUGAAUCGACAAUACCAAUCUGCCUUACAAUGAUGGAUGUUUCUUUCACAUUUAAUGCUGAGGAAAUGACGCAGAUGCACUUUAAAUAUUUGGAGCUGUCCAAAUUAAAACAAUUAGAUACUUGGUAUCAGCUUUCCUCAUUUUUGAUCAGUUACAUGAUCUCAAUACUUUUUGUUUCUUGUUUCAUUCUUGUACAGUAACAUUUAUAGCUUAGAUUUUAAGGUAUUUUUCAUGACCAAAGGAAAUCUCUUGGAUGUACGUGAAUAUGUAUUUUGAAUACAAAUGGUUUAAAAUUUAGAUGUAUAAAUAUGAAUAUAUAUAAAAUGUUGGUGUCCUCUUUGUGCAUACAAUUUUGCCAGCAGAUCCUUUACAUUUUUAUUGAUGAAGGUGAGCAGUUUGCAUGCUUUCAGUUUUAAAUCCUGAUUGCGCAACUGUGGUGAAGGGUGGUGUUUCCCUGUGAUUGUGCGCUGCAUUUGUAAAGUGUCCAUCAGGUCGCCCUCCCAGCAUGACUUCAGCAGCAAAGCAGGUCCUGUUGGGUGCAGAGAGAUAAUUCCCUCUGAAUCACAAAUCAUUCCCAUCGCCUUUUAAUUUGCCCGACAAUCAUAGCAACAACAGCCGUUAUGUGCUCCUUCGCUUUUAUCUUUCUCACAACCAGCACUCCAGUUUUAUAAAGUGUCCAAUUUUGUUGUAAAUCUUCCUGAUUUUUGCUUGAUUUGAGCAUUCAGCUUACAAUGCUGAUUGUCCUGCCAUCAGUGGACAGGAUGGAGGAAAUGGAUGAUUUAGGUUGAUUCCAUCUUUUGUUUUCUUUCAGUUUUUUUUUUUUCAUUUUUCCUCCAUCAUGUUUUUCAGCCUGGAACCCGUUCGAACAAUGAAGUAAAAGAAACUUGAAUGACUUUUUAACAUGGCGGACGUUUGAUGCUGGUUUAAACAGACUUUGCCCUGUCAUUUGUGUGGAUGCAGAUGAGUUUCAGUUUGUUUUCGAUGCAUCGUGUAUUUCUAACAUGCAUGUCUUGUUUAUUUAACAAUCUAUUUUUUGAGCAAAAAGUUUCUUUAUCUGUAUAUUUUCCUUUUAAAAAAAACACUGAUCUCAUGUAUAUUUUUUUAUGCCGGUACCCACUCUUUCAUUUCUAUUUUUUUAUAAGGGCCGAUUUGGUUUUCUGUUGUAAUGCCUUUUUCUUGUUAAAGCUGACCACAUGCUGAAAGACUCAUUGUGCGACAUUCUGCUGAGUAAAAGGCCAACCUGUAAAAUGAUUAACUAUUGGACGGAAAAAGGCUGAAAGUUUGAAUUUCAAUUGAUCAUUGCAUGUUUAACUUAUAUUGCUGGCAGGCUUUCCCACCAGCUCCAUUUUCUGUUUUAAUGACGCCAGUGGAUGGGUGCUUAUGUCCAUGUAAAAGGGAGUGUUGUAGUUUCCAGUCGUAUACCUUGUCAUUCCUAUUUAUGCGUGGUCAAUUAGGGAAUGCCUUUCCCGUUCUGUUUCACACAUCCUGUAAUUACAGUUCUCACCAGCAUGUCUGUGACUUUCCUGUUGGGGCGCGCAGCUCUCUGCAACCGGUUUCACAUGAUUUCAUUUCAGAAAAAGGGAUAUGUUCAUAAUUGCUUUGACCUGUCAGAUGAAUAAAACCAGUCAAGAUGUUGGCCGCCACGCACAUCAAAUGCCAGUUCCUAAGCAUUUUGUAUUCAUUUAGCAAGCAGGCAGAGAGGUCGAGAAAUCAGAUUUUGAGUGACAGUAACCCUGUUAAAGCUUUUAUAAGAAAAACUCUCUUCAGAUGCUUUACAGAUGUCCGUGUCAACUGCAAAACAAGCCAUUAUCCAAUCAGCUUGUCCUGUUUGUUAAGCAUAAUGGAAGUAGAAAAGAAGGCAUUUCAAAAAGAACACUUUUUGUUUUUUUUCUUGGCAUCAGGAAGCUUCCUGAACACUCGUGUCUGAAUGUCUCAGCUUCAGUAAAAUGUCUGUUUUUCUAGUCAUUAUGCUCAAUAUUGUAUUUUGCAUUUAUGGUCCAUGCUCUGUUAAGAAUAAACUCUUUGCCAAUGCC